AUGUCAGAUUUCUCUCGCCUUCUACUAAUUUCUACGGGCUUCCUCAUCACCGCAAUCACCCUCAAAUCGUCCGAUUCGGCACUAGCCAGGAAAAGUAUGGAUUUCGCGAAAAUCGACGAGCAAGUUCAAAAAGACAUCGAGAAGUCGUUCAGAAAAACACUAAGCCGACUUGGCGAUUUCGUAAUGGAUUUGCCAGCGAAAAUUGUGAUACAAAGGCUGAAAAAUGUCGAAGGAAACACAUUCAACGACCCGUUUCUCGUCGGAAAUUCUCAGCAAGUCACAUCAUCUAUUUACGUUUCCGAUGCAGUUUCCGAUUGGUGUAAAGGAGUGAUUUCUAAAAAUACUCGCAAGGAUUUCGAGCACAAAAAUCGAAGAAUUGAAGUCGUUUUUGACUGUAACCGUGAUAUGGAUGACGACGACGACGCCAUCAACGAUUCCUUAUUUCUGGAAAAUGCUGAAAAAUGGGAUGCGUCGAAAUUGGAGUCGUGCUAUGAUUAG